AUGUCUGCACCGCGCCCUACCUCUCCUGUUAACAAUGCUGCGUCUGGCACAACGACCGCGCGUCCUGCGUCUCCCAAGCCUCCGGGUGGCCCCGCCACUGUCAUGCGCAGGAAGGCCGCCGCCGACCGCGCUGAGAAGGUCUCCAACCAGCGACCUAGCAGCACAAGGGCCGCCGGUGCUGGUGGUAGCUCAAGCACUAUGCUGAGGCUGUAUACCGAUGAGUCUCCCGGCCUCAAGGUUGACCCCGUUGUUGUCAUGACUCUAUCCGUCGUCUUCAUCUUCAGCGUCGUCGCUCUGCACGUCAUGGCCAAGGUCGCCCGCCGUUUCACCGCAUAA